GGAAGUGCACAUUGCCACUUGCAACAUAUAGUCAAUGCCCAUCUGUUACCGUCUCUCCCUCUUAAAUCAGCAAACUUGUCUAACAGAAACAGUGUUUAUUAUUUGAUAAGAUGAAAGGGAAAGACCGAAGCAAAUUAACAAACAGCCUCCGAUCUCCGACGAAGACCGAUGGCGAACCAUCCUGCCUUUCCAUUAUGUCUCAGUCUCCGGCGAUAUCUCCGAAAAUGGAUCCCGGAAUCUGGAGCCGACUACCGGAGGAACUCCUCGAGCAUGUUCUUUCUUUUUUGCCACUGAAAGCAUUACUCAAUCUCAGAUCGACAUGCAAGCACUUCAGGUCCCUCAUAUUCUCUCCUUCUUUCGUUUCCAAGCACUCUUCUUCUCCACCUUUCUCUUCUUUCCUUCUCCUCUCUCACCCUCAGUGUUACCGCCACUUCCCUCUUUACGACUCUGCCCUCGGUUGCUGGCGUAAUUUAGCACCUUCCGUCUCUUCUUUGCUACCUUGCGCAGCAGCAGCACCGGCCUCUCUUCUCUCCGCUUCCAAUGGCCUCCUCUGCUUCUCGCUCCCCAGUUCGACUUCGUUUCUUGUCUGCAACCUUUUGGUCAAAUCCUCCAGAUUAAUUCGAUUCCCUUCCUUCCCUUUUUCUUUUGAUCUGCUCUCUUUGGUUUCAACCCCAGUUGGGUACAACAUCUUUAUGCUGUGUUCUGGGUCGUCUUCGAUUAGUAGCGCUUUUGUUUACGAUUCCAAGGUUCAUUCUUGGCAAAAGUUCGAGGGUUUCGAGCCGAUUAUCAACGAGAAUUAUCAUCAGGAAGGUGUCUAUUUUGGUGGGUGUUUAUACUUUACGACUCCAGAGCCGUUUUCUACGGUAUGCUUCGAUUUGGGAAAUGGGAAGUGGCAGAGAUCGGCGACUGAAUUGCCAAGCGACCUCACGUUCGUCCGUUUGGUGAGUGAUGGGGAAGGGAAAUUGUAUUUGAUUGGUGGGAUUGGGAGAAAUGGGAUUUCAAGAAGCAUGAAAUUGUGGGAAUUGGUUGAAGGAAGGAAAUGGGUGGAGGUGGAGAGAUUGCCUGAGAUGAUGUGUAGAAAAUUCAUGUCGGUUUGUUACCACAAUUACGAGCAUGUUUAUUGCUUUUGGCACCAGGGGAUGAUUUGUAUCUGCUGCUAUACAUGGCCUGAGAUUUUGUACUACAGAUCGUCAAGAAGGACCUGGCAUUGGCUGCCCAAAUGCCCUUCAAUUCCUGACAAAUGGAGCUGUGGCUUCAGGUGGUUCUCUUUUAUUCCUGAGUUAUAUGCGUCUGUUUGAUUCACUUCAACCGGAUAUCCUAAUUUCUGCUGCGUUUUCCUCAUUGUUGUCUGUAUGUCUGUCUUUCUUCUUUGUUUGAAAUAUACUAGAUCAUGUAAUUUUAGUUGAAUUUCCAUAUCUUGUUUUCAUCAUAGAUGAUAGCCGUAUAUUACUGUCACUGUGAUUUAGCCUUC